CGAUAAUUCCGCGAACGCUCUGGAAGCCGGCAAAUUUCGCAUUCUUUUGUUUAUAAUUGUUUAAAUUACGUAGAUAAGUGUCAUAAAUGUAAAGUGUGUUGUAGUGUUUUUUUUAGUGUGUUGUUCGUGACGUAUUGUGUGUGAAAAGAGACUAACAGCUGGACAGCUGACGUACUUUUCCUAACCAUAGCUGUCUCCGAGAGUGGCUUCUUCUAUUGCGGCGUCCACGAAAGACUGGUUAAUUACAUUAGCAAAACGGUUCUGUUUUGCAUUUCGAUUUGGAAACCUUUCCGGCAUCUUGCAGUUGACAUUCUCAGGGUUUCCCCAUGCGUCCAAAGGAGCAUCCCGAUCUAAUAUUUGAUACGAUACCCAAGCUCUACGAGAGCACCACAAAGGUGUUUCUGACGAGUCUCAGCCAGGUGCCUGAGCAGCUGAAGCCGCCGCCGCAGAAGUUCUGCCGAAUGUACACAACCCGGCCACUGGCCGAUCAGCUGUUGCUCCACUUGGAAUGGAAGGGGGCCAACAUUUCCGAGCAGGACUUUCAUAUUGUGGAGGAUGGCAAACCCUUUCAGCUGCGCCUCAGCGAUGGCAGGCGGCUGGAGGCCAUGCUCUGUGCGGGGACUUCGCUGGGCAACAGUCUGGUGCUGCUCAUUCGGAAGCUGCAGGGCGGCAAGCUGCUGUACUUUUACUCGGCAGUGCAGCAGGACGAUCUGUGUCAGGUGAUAGCCAAUCCCGUGUUCCACUCAUGGAUAGCGCAGGGCACGGAGCUGCUGUACCUCAACCUCAGCGGUGCCCAUCGGCCGCUUGUCCAUGUGGACUACGAUGAAGUGGCGGCGGACAUCAACAAGUUUCACAGGGAAAAGAACUGCGUGGUGCGCCUGAAGCUGCCCCACUGCGGGUACGAGCCUCUGGUGCGGCGACUGGGCCACACUCUGCUCUACGGCCACAUUCGACUGAUGGGGCAAUAUGCCAACAGCUACGCGGCACUCAGCAGCGACCUGCGGCGCUUCGAGGAGCCCGACUACAUGGUCAAGGUGCACAUUUUCGCCUCCGACGAUUUUACCGUUCUGACCACUCAGUCCGAGCGCUUUGCUCUCCUGCCACUCGACUUGCUGAAGUGGUCGCCGCAGCCCACGCGCAUGAAUCUCAUACAACUGUGCAGUCUGCUGCGGCCACAGCACAUCCAAGGCAUUGUUCCCUACCACGCGACGGGCAAUGUGCCACCACCGCCGGAGUAUUUGCAACGCUUCAGGGCAUCCUACUCGCCGCAGAAGCCCAAUGCUCCGAUGCGAGGCCCAGCGGCGGCACGGAAACAGGCUGCCAAGAAGGUUGAUCGUGUCAUUCGGAAGAAAGGUUUCGAUUUCUUGAGCGAUGACGAUGACGCCGAUACGACCGACUAGGAGUAGAUGGGCGAGUAAAGAUUUUCUGUUUACUAAAACAUCUUUUAAAGCAUUUAUUUAUUAUUAUUAUUAAACUAAGCUUACAUCUCCUUUGGGCACACUCUCAGCGCCACUCUGCACUCGUUCGUUCUUCAGUUCUUCAGCCUGCUGAAACUUGUCCUAAAAUUAAUAAACAUCUAAGUGCUUGCUCGUUGCGCACUACUCACGAUUUGAAUGUACAUUUAUCCAUCAUUUAUUCAUGCAUUUAAUAUGUGAUACCACUGCCUUUGCCAUUGGCUGCAAGUUUGCGUAAAAAAGGUUGUUAAAAUGAUUAUGAAAUGCCUGUUGGCAUGCAGACGUAGACGUACAUCAGAGUGCUCCAUCCCAGUUCCCCUUUCAGUUCCAGGGACAAAUGACCACUUAUCAACGUGUAAUGAAAUAUGGUGCAUCUGCUACCAUAAAAGACAGCCAUCCUGUAUCCCUGUAUAGUUGGCGCCUUUUGUCCGUGUCCGUGUCCUGUCCGUGUCCUUGUCCGUGUGUUCGGCUUCCGGUCAAGCUUUUGUCGUGUGUGCUUUGGCAUCUCAUAUGAAUUAUGAUGAUGGGGAGGACCCAGAUCCCAGACUGUCCUCUGUUCUCUUCUGUUGGGGAGCUCAUUUAUUACAUUUUGGCUUUUUGACAGAUUGCUAAGCGUAGUAACCGUUUCCGCACUAAUUUCCGUGUCCUGCAACUAUUCGUUGUCUGGUUUUUGGGCACGACUGAAGCUGCUGGCCCAUCUCCACCAUUAAAAGCCAAAGCAAAUUACUCAUCACAUCAACGGCCAGGUCCCCAGCAUUUGCUUUUUAUUAUGUAUGCCAUGUAGAGGGAUUUUAAUAAAUCGUUUGCCUUCAUCUACGAGUGUCCAUUCAUCUUUCGUUUGCUCUUCCCUUUCCAUUGCUUGUCGACUCUCUCUUGGCUUUUAUUAGUUUGUCAAUAAAGUGCCAAAAGACCUUGAUUAUGAUCGCCAUAUAUUGCCAUCCGUCUGAGCUCUCCAGAUGAUGGCCUCCAGGCUACGAAUAUUUACGAGUUUGUCCAGCUUGCCAAUUCCCAUAUCAUUUGCCAGAUAUGAGAUUACUCAUGUCCUUCCGUUCGCCAUCCUUCUUAACCUUUUUGCACCAAAGACACACCAGACCAUCGUCUUCUGUGUCAUCUGCUGUGCUGUGACACAAGUUUAUCAGUUUUCAGAGAUGAGUAAAGUUGCUGGGCCUGUACUGAGCAAACAAAGCCUGAAGCAAAUACUUUUCAUGUUAGCAAACCUUUGCACAAAGUUGAUAAAAAUGUAGCUAAAGAAGUUGCCAAAUAAAAGCAGAAUCGGAUAGAAAUUUCACGAAUUUAUUGUGCUUAGAAUUAUUUUAUUUGAAAGGAAAUAAGUAGAGUUUAUUAAUUGAGAGUUCAUAUUUAUAAAUGCAUAGAACAAAGUCCCACAUAAUCAGGAAAAUGAUCAUAAAACCUCCAUGAUAGAGUAUGUUUAUCUUUAGGGUAUAAUUUUCAAUAUUUUAUCUCAUCCAUUUCUAAAGCCCUUACAUAGCUUAUUGCUCUGUGACUUCUUCACCAUCGUGUGCCCGUGCGCAUCUCUAACUCAAGUAAGCAAACAUCUGAAAAUAUUUGUGGCAGAUUUGUGUUGCAAGCACAUGUACAUAUACAACCCCCAAAUACUGCAGGGUGUGGGUGACAAGUUUCUUACAUUUGUGUGCAUGUUUCAAGAGCCACUUACAUACCUGUACCUGUACCUGUAGCUCCCUUGUUCACCCAUCGAAAGAUUUUGUGUCCUCUGUGUGCACUUUGUAAUGAAUUUUUAAUGCAGUUUCUGCUGCCCCUGAACAUUGCACACACACAGAACACUCAGCGGAGGAGUUGGGUCUGAGGCAUGUUCCCGCCUAAUGAAAUUAACCUUUUCUUUCCCUUUCACUUGGGCGAAAAACAGAAAUAAGUAGAUGCGCUUUAUUUGUAAUUGAAUUACUUUUAAGUGGCUUUCGAGUGGCGAAUAGUUAAGCAGGACACAAUUUAAUUAAAAACCUAUGAAAACAGAGUUGAGAUGAGAUGAUU